AUGGUGAACUCCACUCACAUUUCAUUCUUCACAUUCAGCGCCUAUUUUGACAGCAGCAAUUUUAAAUAUCUGUGUUUUGUGGCUGUUAUGUGCUUAUACGUUCUCAUGGUUUGUGCCAAUGUGCUGCUGAUUGUGAUCAUCUGUAUGAACAGAAGCUUACAUGAGCCUAUGUACCUGUUUCUGUGCAGCCUGUUUGUAAAUGAACUGUAUGGUAGCACAGGGCUGUUUCCAUUCCUCCUGGUUCAGAUUCUCUCUGACGUUCACACUGUUUCUGCUUCUCUGUGUUUCCUGCAGAUUUUCUGCGUUUAUACAUAUGGAGGUGUCGAAUUUUUGAGCUUAGCCGUCAUGUCAUAUGACAGAUACCUGGCUAUCUGUCACCCUUUACAAUAUAACACACGAAUGACGUCUACCAAGAUCGCCAUGCUCAUCGCUUUAAGCUGGUUAUCUCCUUUUCUUGUCAAUGUUGCUCUGAUAUACUUAAUUGUCCCUUUACAGCUGUGUGGGAACAUCAUUAACAAAGUUUACUGUGACAACUACUCCAUUGUCAAACUGUCCUGUAACGACACCACAGUCAACAACAUCUUUGGACUCGUUCUCACUUCUCUUACAAUCUUAUGUCCUGUAACUUUAAUCCUUUACACUUAUGUAAAGAUCCUUAAAGUGUGUUUCUCAGGCUCCAAACAGACCAGACAGAAAGCUGUCAGUACCUGCACACCUCACCUCGCUUCCCUGCUCAACUUUUCCUUUGGAGUUUCCUUUGAAAUAUUACAGAGCAGGUUUGACAUGAACAGUUUACCAAACAUGCUGCGGAUAUUUUUAUCAUUAUAUUUUCUAACGUGCCAGCCGCUGUUUAACCCUGUGAUGUACGGACUGAAUUUGUCAAAAAUCCGCAUCAUGUGUAAAAGUCUGGUCUUUGCUGAACUGUAG